GUCAGCAGCUCCAGCAGGUGCAGCGCCUGAACCGCCUUCUCCACGGUGCUGUGCGGUGAGUACCCGCGUUCCCGCCUCCUAAGACAGAUGUUUGUGUUUGUUGAUGGAGAGAGUGAAGAUAUAGUACAUCAGGUGUCAUUUACCUGCAAUGAGGUGAUGCAUUGUGAAUGAAGAGGUUUCGUGUCUGUUCUGAGAGCUUUAACCUUCAGUCAGAGACCAGAGACGGGAGACAAACCCAAGUCGUCUGAACUGGCUGUAGCUCAUUUCCCACCAUCGGCUGAUGUGUGUCUGUUUGACAGUUAAUGGCAGAGGACGAGUUGGCUAAACUCUGCACUCCGGUUGAAGACAAAUGUGCUCCCAAAGGCUUCAGAACCGACACCAGCAGGACACAGGUUUCAAAGAGGAAGUGUCAGUGCUGUGGACGUGUUGUAACAAGCCGCGCUCUGCAGUCCUGACAUCAAGCAUGCUAGGUUAGAGGAUUAGCACCUGAUGGAACUGCUGGAGCGGGGAGUGCUGCUGCAGCAGCGCUCCUUCAUCUGUGGUCUCUGACCACACGCCCUACUGGCCUCUGAACAGCGGCCCUAUUGUCACUGCACGUUCCCAUAGACAUGUCAAAAAGCGUGGUUUUACUUCUAGAAGUAGAAGAUGAAAAAGCAGCAGAUGAGCAGCCACUUUGGCAUCAGUAACACUGUAUUUAAAGCACAUUUUAAAAAAGAUGUGUGUCAUAUACACAGAUCCUGAGAAAAGCUGGAGACAUUUGUUUAGUGUCUUUUGCCUUUACCUUUUUUACCCUUACCUCUAACACAAUUUGAAUAAAGAAAUAUAUAGAAAUACAAUUUUAAUCUUAAAUUCUUUUAAACAUUUCCUUCAGAAAAGGCUUCAUAAGUAUGUUAAAAACAGUUUUCAUCCAGAUUGGCCUUUAAUGGUAAGUUCAUUUGAACAGAGGGAGAUAGAAAACCAACAAGGUUAUUAUUUUUUCAAUCUCAUAGCAAUAACAUUGCUGGGUCUGCCCAUUUUCAUUUACGUGACAUUAAUUGCCUUUGUCUCUCCCUCACCGUCCACUCUGCUUCUAAAAACCUUCAAUAAGCUCCAACCGGUCCAGAACUCAGCUGCCCAGAUCUUCUCUAGAACCUCUUCAGCCCCAUUCUCCAGCAGUUGUCUUCCUAUAACCUCCACAAUCAAAUUCAAACUGCUGCUGUUUACCUUAAGGCCCUCCGUAACCUGGCUCCUCCUCUUUCCGACCUGCUACGUAUCGACAUUCCCUCUCGUAGUCUCUAUCCACCUCUCUGUUCCCAAGCCCGACUCGUUACCAUGGAGGGGUCGAGCCUUCAGCUGCUCGACUCCCAAACUCUGGAAUUCUCUCCCUCCUGACCUCCGUAGCAUCAAAACAUCUUUAUUGUGUUUUCAUUGGAUAGUUUUCUGAUUUUAUUGACUCGAGCUUUGUACAGUGUCCUUGAGUUUCUUGAGAGGUGCUUUUAAAUAAAACAGUUUACAUGAUCUAUUGAUCCCCUAGUAACCAGUAAGAGUUCUGGUUUACACAGACCAAUUAGAUUCUCCUCAUCAACCUGUUACCUGUGUGUGUUUCACUUCAUGAGCCAAACAGCCAAGUUAAGAUGAUAAAAACAAAACACUAGAGUGCAAAGAAUAUAAUCAUAUGUAUGACAAUAAAUAGAAGAUUUUAUAUUUAUGUAAUUUUUCAUUUUUUACAGGAGAUCCAAUAAGCCAAUAAGAGAAAAAAAACAAAUUAAAAUAUAAAAUAAUGCCUUUAAAUUCAGAACCAAUCUGAAAGGUCUGCCUGCUGCUGCUUCACUCCUGAAGAAAUCAGAGGUCUACAGGUCUACAAAUUAUUAUUGCUAUUUAAACUCUACCAACAUAAAUGGGCAUUUAAAAAUCCAUAAUUAUUAACAAAAUCAAAUGACAAAGAAUAAGUAUAUAUUAAUUUGAUACUAAUUCUCACCUUGUUCCUGUAGGAAAUCUGCAGAAAGCUCAUGUCCGAUGGAUUAUCAAAGUGUGAUCCGAGAGAAGAGUCCCUAUUCAUGAGGAAAAAAGGGGACUCUUCUUGAGACUCUUCCAUAUUCUUCUUUAUCUUGGGACUCGUCCAUGUUUUUCUUGGCAUCAUAAAUAGAUAUUGAGAUUUUCCUGUUGCAUUUGUGCAGGAUUCCCUGGAAAACCUUUUAUUCAGAUCAUGGAAGUGAAGCAGCUGAAAAGAGAAGUCAAAGCCCUCAUCUCUGAUUACAUUGGACAGAAGCUCAGGGAGAAGUCCUUUGACCCUGCUGGAAGAGGGGUGUCCUCGGUGCUGGAUGACCUGGCGCACUAUGAUCUCGCUCUCAGCGUUGCCUUCUGGUGGCUGAACAGAAUGGACGAGCGGUGCAGACUUAACUUGGACAUGAUUGGAGCCACCAGCAGCAUAGGGAGACCAGCGUAUCCUGACCGCUCAGAGCGGGAGGCCAUGAUCCUGUCGUCCUUUGCUGGAAUCAUUAUGAGCAGCAUCCCGCUGGAGCAGAUCCUGGGUCUGUACAGCUGCAAACCCGCAGCUCUGUAUCCCAGCCAUCAGUCCCAGCCCCAGGGCGCCAUUGUGUACCCCCUGACUCUGUCCCACCACCCGUUUGCCAUGUUGGCGUCUUACAAAGCUGUGCUGCACUCCAGGAAGCACAAUCGCAGGAUGAAGAAGUGGCUCUCUGAGCGCACAAAGACCAGCGCACAGCUCCUACCAGCAGCUGCAUCAUCCUCAUGUUCCUCCCCGUCAGAGUUUGUCCUCAGAGUGAGUCAUCCUCACAACUUCUCUCUUCUCUGGGGCCUUCUUUCAAACAUAGAUGUUGUGCUGCCCUCUGCUGGUAAAACCUCUCCUCUGCUCUCAGGAGGACAGCAGAGACCCGGAGGACCAUCAGGCUUCAGAGGACUCUCUGCUGGAGUGAAGCCUGUUACUAUCCUUGUCUGCUUUGUUUGAACCUUUUAGCAUGAGCUUCUUCCUUUUUUUUUUUUUUUUUUCUGUCUCGCGUAUAUCGGCAAAUCUCAAGUUUCUUGUAAUAACAUUUAUAAAUACGGUGACAGAAAUCACAAACAUCCAGCUGAAAAAAAAAAUUCUUCAUUUCCUGCAUGUACACAAAUGUUUGUGUUUGUACUCUGCACCAAAAAGUUAAAGUACACUAAUAAAAACAAGUGGGAAUCA